UGUGCACACCGCUAGCUAAACCGACCAAUGGCUACUCCCAGGGCACAAACUAUUCUGCUGGAGGCAGCGUCGUCUUCGGCUGAAAUUCCGGAUACAACCUGCAGGGAAGCAUUGUGCGCAUCUGCCAGAUUGACGGUUCCUGGAGUGGGGCAGCUGCCUCAUGUAAUCCCAUUCAACUGCAGUGCCAGUCUGGCUACCUGCCCUGCCUGCGUUCCAGUGGCUGUAUCCUGCCAUCACAGCGCUGCGACUGUGUUUGGUACGACUGUGCUGAUGGCUCUGAUGCACAGUACUGCCCAGGCAAGGUCACACCAGCUCCAGGUCAAACCGACUGCCAGGUCCUGUCACCACCGGCACUGGGCUCAAUGACCGUGAACGGCUUGAUGUUCAGCAACACGACCACGUUUGUGUGCACAUCUCCCUAUGUCCUUAUGGGC